GAAGCCAAUGAGGAGCGGGCAGCCGGCGGAGUGGCGUCGCGAGCAGCCAACGAGAGCCCGGAGUUUGAAUCGACCCCCGAUGGAGGAGCGGGGUGGGGGCGGCUUCGCCGUAGUCGUUUGUGUGAGGUGAAGAACGACGGUCGGCGGGGGGAGGUCGCUGGUUGCCGUGAGGGGCUGACGGAGCGAGCCUCGCCCGCCAUGUCGCUGCACGGGAAGCGCAAGGAGAUCUACAAGUACGAGGCGCCAUGGACCGUCUACGCCAUGAACUGGAGCGUCAGGCCCGACAAGCGCUUCAGGCUGGCGCUCGGCAGCUUCGUGGAGGAAUACAACAACAAGGUGGGCGGGUGAGCGGGGUCCGAGGAGGCCUCGUCAGCCCUGGGGUGGUCGGGGGUUCGGGGCCGCCUCGGGCCUUCGCGCCUCAGUCGGACCCCGGCGGCCCUUCCCUGCUCCGCCGCAGGCUUGCGAAGAGGCCAAGAGCCGCCUGGGGCAGUUGCCCGCACCCCCUCGGCAAGGGUCUUGCUUCGAGGGGCGCCGGGCCUCCCUCGCAGGCUUGGCCGCGCUCUCCGUUGCCAAGCGCCGGCUUUGGCAACUCAUGAGGGGGUUUGGUUGUCCCCCGAAGGCGUUGCGCGGUGGAGCAGCACCUGCGCGCCUUCUGCUUCACCUGCAGAUGUUUCGAGGAAGGUAUAGAGCGUCCUUGGGGUCCCCGAAGGUAUUGGGGUUGGGGGGGAGUUGGGCCUCAGGGUCCUUUCCGACUCUGUUCUUCUAGAGCAGGCAAACUCGGCCCUCCAGAUGUUUUUGAGACUACAACUCCCAUCAUCCCUAGCUAACAGGACCAGUGGUCAGGGAUGAUGGGAAUUGUAGUCUCAAAACUGUAGCUCAAGAGCACAGAACCCUAGAACACGCAUAGGCAAACUUGGCCCUCCACCUGUUUUUGGGACUACAACUCCCACCAUCCCUAGCUAACAGGAUCAGUGGUCAGGGAUGAUGGGAAUUGUAGUCCCAAAACUGUAGCUCAAGAGCACAGAACCCUAGAACAGGCAUAGGCAAACUUGGCGCUCCAGAUGUUUUGGGACUACAACUCCCACCAUCCCUAGCUAACAGGACCAGUGGUCAGGGAUGAUGGGAACUGUAGUCCCAAAACAGCUGGAGGGCCGAGUUUGCCCAUGCCUGUUCUAGGGUUCUGUGUUCUUGAGCUACAGUCCCCUCCCUCCCCAUCCCUGACUACUGGCCAUGCUGGCUAAAGAGAGUGAAUGUUGCACCCCAGCAGCAUCGAGGAACUACAAGGUUCAUAAAUAUAAUUCAUAGGAGAGUUGGAAAGGGAACCUGAGGGUCAUCUAGUCCUACCCCUGCAUUGCAGCAAUUUGCAGCUGCCCCAUGGGGGGAUCAAACCUGCGGCCUCGGUGCACACACUAACCAGCUGUGAAAGGCUUUGAGACCUUGGUGUCAUCAUCGGCACCGCACUCUAACCCACUGUGAAAGGCUUGGUGUAGGGACUCUUGACCUUGUGGGGAGGUGGGAGAAUUGGGGGCGGGAAAGAGAAUAGGUUAGGCCACCUGCAUCUCAAUACAGUCAUACCUUCGGGUUGAGCCUUUUCAGGUUGCGCUCCUUGGUGACCCAGAAGUAACAGAACAUGUUUCUUCUGGGUUUCGUCGCAUGCACAGAUGCCCAAAAUGACGUCACGUGCAUGCGCAGAAGUGGCAGAUCGUGACACGCGCAGACGCGGGUUGCAUUCGCUUCAGGAUGCGGACGGGGCUCCGGAACGGAUCCUGUUCGCAUCCAGAGGUACCACUUUAGUUGGCUAUUUUACUUUUGCCCUCUGGGAGAAAAAAUCCAAGGCAGGCAUGGACACUUCCAAAUUAUUGCUGUUUAUUGAAAUGGGGGCGGGCUUUAUCUUUCCCAAGGCAACUCAAAGCAACUUACCCCCCCCCCCAAAAAAAAACCAGACCAAAAAAACAGCAACAACCCUUUCCACAGAGAUACAUUAAAACCAAGGGGGGAAUUAAUACGUUUAAAACAUCCCAACCCCUUCUUACAGUUAAAGGCGAAAGGCCUGGUUAUAGAGGAAAGCUUUUGCCUGACACCUAAAGAUAGGUAAUGAAUAUGCCGGGGAGAGCAUUCCACAAGCGGGGAGCCACCGCAGAAAUGGCCCGUUCUCAUGUUUCCACCCUUUCGGCCACUCAUGGAGGAGGCACACAAAGAAGGGCCUCAGAUGAUGACCGUAGGUUCCCUGUAGGAACCUACAAGGCGAGGUGGUCCUUGAGAUAUUGUAGCAGAGUAUGAAGGGUUGGGCAUCUGUGGCCCUCUAGAUAUUUCUGAACUGCAACUCCAAAUCAUCCUUGACCAUGCAGGCUGGGGCUGAUGAGACUUGUAGUCUAAUAACUUCUAGAGGCCAUUAGUUCUCAACUCUGAGCUUAAUGUUAUAGUUUGGUUGAUAACUUGCUUGAAAUAUUUUUGCUUAUAGGUCCAACUUGUUGGGUUGGAUGAGGAAAGCUCUGAGUUCAUUUGCCGGAAUACCUUUGAUCACCCAUAUCCUACUACCAAGCUCAUGUGGAUCCCAGAUACCAAAGGGGUAUAUCCAGACCUUUUGGCAACAAGUGGUGACUACUUGCGUGUCUGGAGAGUAAGUUGACUUGUUUUUAUAAGGUGUUUUCCUGGGGCUAGGAUAACCAGUGGGCCCUGAGAAUGUUGUGUGAGUAGUCUGACCAACUGCUAUAAGUAGUAGACAAACAUAGUACUUGGUUUGCUUUAUUCUAUUCGUAAAUGUUUAUUAAUAACUUCUAAAUUCAGUGUUCUACAACUGGAGCUGCAGUCUACUCUAAUGUGUUAUGUAGAUGGGCAGAAAAUAAAUUGGGAUCUAGUGGUAAAUUGCUGGGUGAUUUGCUGUAGAUUGGCAAAAGUGUCUGACUCAGUUGUUUUAAAAAUAGCAAAACCCAUGAGGCUUUCUCUCUUCUCUUUGCCCUCUCCUACCCCAGACCUAAAUUAGACUGCUGGAAUUAAGAAAACUGAGGAGGGAAGCCUUAUUGUAGUAUUUUAUGUGAAAAGAUUGUAAGCUCAUUUCUGGUACUACAAACCAAUUCAUGGGAAUAUGCUUGAAGACAGACUUUUGCUUAAUUCUAAAUUUAUAUCUGCCCCCUGGCUACAGUUUUUCACCUACCUGUCAUUGGUGAACUUUGCUGUUACUAAAAACAACAACACCCAAAGUAGAUUCCACAAGCUCAGUCUUCCCACUCCUUGUGUAUGGAAAAUGAAAAAUAAAGCUCCAUAUCACACAGUUAUAGAGUUGGAAGGAACCUCUAUUCCUGCUGACUUAAUUCUAAUUGACAAUCAUGAUAACACAUCUGUUGGUUUCCUUGACCUUGAAAACAUGACGUUUGACAUUGUUCUUGUUAUGUUUGCCAUGUUUUAUGAGAUAUAGAACUUUAAAACGAUGCCAUGUGAUCUUGCAUUGCCAGUGUGUUGCAUGAGUUAUAAAUUGUCCCAACAUUGAAAAUUUUUGCAUAUAGCCGUGGUAUUUAUCACACUUAGAAGGAAUGGGAGCUGACUGUAGUUCAGAACAAAACAGUAACUAGGCUUCCCUUUUAGGUUUAAUGUUCUGUAGCCAAGAAGUAGGGUCUUGGUCAAACCUAAUUUGAUUUACACGUGUCUUAACAAAAAUAAUAGAAUCCAUGAUUUGAGCAUAAUGCAGAACCUAUUUAAAUCACAAUGAUUAGCUGCACUGUCUCUUCUCUUGCACUUUUGCUGCAGUGAAAUACUAUGAAGAUUUGGAAUGAUGACCAAUAUUUGUAAUUUUUUUGCAGGUGGGUGAAACAGAGACCAGGCUAGAGUGUUUGCUGAACAACAACAAGAAUUCUGAUUUCUGUGCUCCAUUGACAUCCUUUGAUUGGAAUGAAGUGGAUCCUUAUCUGCUGGGUAAGACUGAAAUGCUUAAUUUGGCAGAGCUUUGGUAGUAAAAUGGAUAACAUUGCCAGACAGGAUUUAGUUUGGGUAAUGGCUGUUGGUGGAUCUCUUUUUCAGGAAGCUCAUUUUUAUAUGGGCCUUGAAGGUAAACAAAGCUUUCCACAGAAGCAUUCCUUCCUGAUAUAAGUGUUUUUAAUCUAACGAAGAUAGCUUGGGAUUACGAUAUAUGCCAAAGUUUUUGAAAGGCUGUUGUCGGGUUAAAGUCUACAUCAGAUAAGUUUUAAUAUUAGUUGAAUUAGCCAGGAAUUGUCUUUGCUAUUGUGCAGAUGAUCUAAGCUGUGGUACAUUUAUAAACCAAAAGACUAGGAGCAUUCACCUGUUAGGCUUUCUAUAUGAACUAUGUUGUCCAAAAGACAAGCUUCUGUGUUGGCUUACCUUGUGUUUAAUGGCUAUCCCAUACUUCCCUAAAGAGCCUUUUCAGUGGUGUUGCUCCAGUUGUCGAAUGCGCUGUCCAGAGAAGCUCACUUAGUACCUGUUCAGUGGUCUCUUCACCACCAAAAAAAUAUUCUCCCAAAAUUUUUAGAAAGUGUUCUAGCAUUCUUUGAAUCUUUUACACAGCUGUUAUCCCUGGGUGAUUUAAUUCAUAUUAUACUGUUUUAUGGGCAGUAUAUAGUAAGCUACACAGGGAAUUUCAGUUAUUGGGCAGUAUAAUUAGUAAAUUUAAUAAAUGCACCUCCCAGUUACAUAAAGAGUUGGGCAGAGCAAUCAAAACCCUCAGUUCACUGUACUGGAAGGGAUUUGGGGCAAGUGGUUGUGUGUCUUCCCCAUCCCACUGGCCCAACCCUUUCCAGCACCCACAGCCUCUGUUGGCAAAGGAACACCAUUGCAAAGGAGUGCUGCAAUAUGCCUUUGUCAAAAUGGCUGGUGGAAGCUAUCAUUGGCAGUAUUUCCACUGGAGGGAACUCCCGGGGUGGGGUCUACACACAGGUAACACUGGAUCUCAAGCUGGCCCUGCUGCUGGCAUGUGACAACAGUGAGCCCAAUCCAGGCCUCUUUACUGUACCAGUCAGAGAGCUGGUACAAUGAUGGGGCAUUUUUUUCUCCUCCCCCAUUGAGAUAUUCGUUGAAAUAAAAAAACAACAACAUUGUAUAGGUGGCAGCUUUCUUUUUUACUUCCAUAAUGGUUUGAUUUCAUAGCUUAAGUGGUGAAGACCUCUUACUAUUUAACCUUUCAUGAAUUGCAGCAGCCCAGCCCAGCCCCCAACAAUCUCAGUUUAGGAGAAAAUACCCCUUGCUUGUUGUCACUAUAACCACAGUUAAAUCUGCUGCAUCUCUUAGCUGCAUUUUUCAUCUCCCCCCACAAUCCAUUUUUAAUGUAAGUUUUGACUAUCCUGGAGUCUAGAGUAAAAGUACAAUUAUUCACUUUGGUAAAUUUUGUUCAUGUUGAAUUUACAUAUUGUUAUAAUAGACCAUACAGUUGUACCUUGGAAGUCGAAUGGAAUCCGUUCCGGAAACUAAAACACAGAUUCUGAUUGGCUGCAGGAAGCUCCUGCAGCCAAUCGGAAGCCCCAUCGGACGGUUUGGCUUCCAAAAAUAGUUCACAAACUGGAACCGUGUCCCAAGCUUCCUGGGGAAAUAUUUAAUUUCCAAUUUAAACACUGGAUGAUUUGAGUUUAAAACAUAUUUCUUAAUUAACACUUGAAAAAUGACUGAAGAUUACACCUGUAUCUUAAAAGGGAAUACAUUAACUAUAUCAAACACAUCCAGUUACCGUAUUUUUCGCCCUAUAGGACGCACUUUUUCCCCUCCAAAAAUGAAGGGGAAAUGUGUGUGCGUCCUAUGGGGUGAAUGCAGGCUUCAGGAAGCUCUGCGCAACCCUCGGGAGACCGGCGCGACUUCUCUCCAGGCUUCAGCAGAGCUGCCUGCAGUCCCGGGCUUCGCGCAGCUCUGCGCAGCCCUGCCUGCAUUCCGAAGCCUGGGGCGCGCUGAAGAGUGCGCCCGGGCUUCGCGCAGCUCUCUGCAAGCCUGGGGAGACCGGCGCGACUUCCCGCCGGGCUCCCUAGGCUUGCGGAUAGCAGGCUGUUCUCAGGGCUGGGGUCGGGGGAAGCUCAGGCUUCCCCCGCGCCAGGGGGGAAAUAAAUUUUUUUUCUUUAUUUCCCCCCCCCCCAAAAAAAACUAGGUGCGUCCUAUGGGGCGGUGCGUCCUAUGGGGCGAAAAAUACGGUAGUUUGCUUUGUGUAUAAAAGGAGAAUGGAGAAGGCAAGUCAUCUUUUAGGUCAAGCAUUAUGAAUAGCGUAAGGUGUUGUGUAUUGCUGUUUAUUCAUUGCACCAAAGAAGAGUUAUUAACAUUGGUGUUUUUCCUCCCCACCCCAGGUACCUCUAGUAUUGACACAACUUGCACUAUCUGGGGUUUGGAGACUGGCCAGGUCUUGGGAAGAGUGAAUUUGGUGUCAGGCCAUGUCAAGACCCAGUUGAUUGCCCAUGAUAAAGAGGUGAUGGUGCACUUUUUCUCUUGGUUUCUCCAUUGUGGGAUUUCAGAUUUGUGUAAUUAGUAAAAAUUUGUUCCAGUCUAUAAAAUGGGAACAGUGACUUACCUGGCAAGUGAGUGUAUUUGUGUCUGUGUGUAUGCUAUUAGUUCUCCAGAACCAAAUUCUUCUUUUUUCCUCAAAGUACAGUGGUACCUCGAGUUACAAAUGCUUCAGGUUACAAACUCCACUAACCUGGAAGAGUUACUUUGAGUUGAGUACUUUGCCCCAGGAUGAGAACAGAAAUCGUAUGCCGGCGGCACAGUGGCAGCAGGAGGCCCCAUUAGUGAAAGCACACCUCUAGUUAAGAACAGUUUCAGGUUAAGAACGGACCUCCAGAACGAAUUAAGUUUGUAACUAGAGGUACCACUGUAAUUCAGCUGUUCAAGGGGAUGUAUACAAAAAAAAUAGUAUUUUGCAUAAGUAGACAAAGCUCACUUUCACGGGGAGAGGGGUGGCAGUGCCCUAGCUUCUGAUUGUGUUCUCAGUCCCUUUUUUAUCUACUUUUAGGGAUUUCUAUGACAUGGCUGCUGUACAUCUGGAUUUGCAUGAUAAAACUGUGUUCGGUGUGAAGCAAAAAUUUUGGUAUUGGAGGCAAUAUCAUUGUAUUUUGUCAUUUUCCUCUGCCUUUGGUCUAUGAGCAGGUCUAUGAUAUUGCAUUCAGCCGUGCAGGAGGCGGGAGAGACAUGUUUGCUUCUGUUGGUGCUGAUGGCUCAGUGAGAAUGUUUGAUCUGCGGCACCUGGAACAUAGUACAAUUAUAUAUGAGGAUCCUCAACACCAUCCUUUGCUUCGCCUUUGCUGGAAUAAACAGGACCCGAAUUAUCUUGCAACAAUGGCAAUGGAUGGCAUGGAGGUGAGCCAGUGUUCUGUGAGGGUGGCCAGUACACUUCUUGGAAUUGCACGUGGAUGGUAUUGACACUCAACACUACUUAGACUCUUGGUCUUGAUAGGCACGUUUUCUGGAUACCUGUAUAAAGCCAUGGGACAUUUUUGUUUCUGGGAUUCCUUGCAGCCUUGGCACACAGUAGCAUGGAGGAAAGCAGUCAGGCACGUGUCCUUAUGUUAAAAAGGAGAUAGAAGCCAUACUGAUGCUGGUAGCUACCAUGAACAACUUGAGUCUAGAAGAAGUAAUGAUCCCCAUGUAGACAUGUCGGUAUGAGAUAUCCUGCUCUUGGCCACACAAUUCUUUUGUGGGGUGGACAGGCAGACUUAGCUAAAGUAAUGGGGCAUAGUGUCCUGAGCAGGUACUUCAGAAACAGGAGUCUGUAUUGGAAAUAGCUUUUGUGUUAGUUUCUCAAUUUUUAAAAAUUUAUAAUAUGUGAACUGGACAUAAAAUGCUGAUUGAUCUCAGUUCCCCUUUGUAACAUGUGGCUCAUCAGGCACUACUGCGCAUGCUCUCUCUCUCUAUAUAUAUAAUAUUAUGUUUCACUAUUAGAGGAGUAUAAAAACACUGUAUUCAUUUGCAAUGAAAAGGGUAUACAGUGGUACCUCGCAAGACGAAUUGCCUCGCAAGAUGGAAAACUCACAAAAUGAAAGGGUUUUUGGUUUUUUGAGUUGCUUCGCAAGACGAUUUUCCCUAUGGGCUUGCUUCGCAAGACGGAAACGUCUUGCAAGUUUGUUUCCUUUUUCUUAAAACCGUUAAUACAGUUGCGACUUGACUUCGAGGAGCAACUCAUAGCACGCAGUGUGGUAGCCUUUUUUGAGGUUUUUGAAGACUUUGGUGAUUUUUGAAGCUUUUCCAAAACUUUCCCGACACCGUGCUUCGCAAGACGAAAAAAACCGCAAGACGAAAAAACUCGCGGAACGAAUUAAUUUCGUCUUGCGAGGCACCACUGUACUUACUUGAGGAGAUGGGGUACAGCAUAUAUGUAUUGUGCUCUGAAGAUAGUAUAGUAGGUAAUGAAAUACCAUUCAUAAAAAGUCUUUGUGGCUUCAUCAGAGGUAGUAUAAAACUUCACUAUUCUUUGUAUUUGUUUUCUCCACUAAGGUGGUAAUUUUAGAUGUCAGAGUUCCUUGUACACCUGUUGCCAGACUGAACAACCACAGAGCAUGUGUCAAUGGCAUUGCUUGGGCACCACACUCUUCUUGUCAUAUCUGCACAGCUGGUAAGGAUGAAUGAUUCUUGUAACCUCUUCUUUUCAUAUGGGUGUUUCAAGUUCCCUUCAAAGUAUGUGUAUGAACUUAAAAUAGUAAUCUGCUUUGUUUGCUAUAGCUGGUUUAACUAUUAUUAUUUCUCUGUUCACCCAUAAUGGUUGCCAUUUGUGCUCUUCUCUAAUUCAGAGUAUCUUGUUAGUAUACUUUGUAUACUUAGUAAGCUAGUAUACUUACAGCUACUUUUUAUGAAUAAUUUUUGUGAAAACUUUGUAUACUUAGUAAGCUAGCAUACUUACAGCUACUUUUUAUGAAUAAUAGUCCAUUAUACUCAGGCUUACCUCAAGUUAUGGGAGCUUUAAAGCAACUCUAAAAUGUAAGUGGUAGAAACGAAAGAUUAUGAAGCAAGUUAAUUCACUUGCUUUCAUUUAAUUAAAAAAACCAAAACCAUAUUGGGUACCAGCCAUACGUUGCAUAUGUUUACAAAUGUGGAAGGAGUGGCGGAUAUGAGACUUCUUGCUCUGAAUUUGAUCUACUAAUGAACAUAAAUCCUUAUGCAGCAAAAAGAUUAGCAAAUUUCUAGGUUUUGAAACAUUUCCAUAAGGAAAGGUGUAAGAAUUUUUGGAUUUUAAAAAAACCCUUUUUGAUUACUUUCCCUUAGCAGUUCAGUCUUACUGUCCAUUACAAGAAUUAACAAAUAUUAUUAGAUAACAGAUGAUCCGCAUUUGAGAAACUAUGAUAUAUGUAAAACGUGUCAGGAGUCAAAACCCAAUCAUAGAUAAAAGUCAAAUUAUACUGCUUAAACUUUUGUUUAUGUGGUUUUGUGUCCAUUUCAUUCCUGAGUACAUGGACCACUGAAUAAUUGUGUGAAAGGUGGUUUCUUUUACCUCUGAUUCUACAUUUCAUCUUUGUCAGCGGAUGACCAUCAAGCACUUAUCUGGGAUAUCCAGCAAAUGCCUCGUGCCAUUGAGGAUCCAAUCUUGGCCUAUACAGCAGAAGGCGAAAUCAACAAUGUACAGUGGGCAUCAACUCAGCCGGACUGGAUAGCAAUCUGUUACAACAACUGCCUGGAAAUCUUGAGAGUGUAAAAACAAUUGGGCACUGAGGAAAAAAAUGGAACUGGAUGGUGGUCUUUGCUCUCCUAUAAAUUUUUAAGAACAAAACUCCAUCUAGAAAGUGCCAGUGGCUAUUCUAGGAAGACUCAGAACUGGCAUUGAUGGGUAAAUGUUGCUGUCGUCUCCCUCUUUCCCCACCCCCACUCCCACCCUGUGACUUAAAUGCAGGGAUAUGCUGAGCCUUUCAGACCCUCUGGGAAUUUAUUAUUACUUUCAAUUAAAGUUAUGUAUAUAUGUCAGCCAUUUGUGUUGAGUAUUUGUAUUGAAUGAGUAAUGACACCAACUGGCAGAAUGACACCCUAGCAGAAAUAAUAUGUUGCUGCUGCAGAUGCCUAAAAACUGUUCAGAGUUAUAGUAAUGGGAUGUGAAGUUAACUUUCUGUUAAGUAAUUUUUCACACAUAUCUUCUCUACCCCUUCCCCCGCCCAUGGCAAGUCAAAUUUCUCUUGAUACUAGUGCUGAAUCUUGUAAGUUCUCUGCAACUAAAAGUCCAUUACUAUUAAAAAUGUUCUUCAACUAUAAGGGAGCAGGAGCAGUCGCAAAGCCUAGCUGGCUCUUGCAGAAACUUCCUGAAGCGAAGCUUUAACUUUGUGAACUGCUGGUUAUUAGAUUUGUUUCUCUCUCUCUCCUCUGUAUGACAAAGGCCUCUAAAAUAAAACUGUAUACAGUGUUGUUGCCAACAUAGCAUCUAGUUGGAUAAGUACAGUUCCUAGCUUUGCACUGUGGUUGUUGCCUGCCCCUCACAAAAAUGUAAGGACUUCAGCCACAGGUGAUCUUACUCGACUCCAAGAGGCAACAAGCAUUUUCCUAAGAGUACGGUUGCUUCCCACCUCCUAAGAGCAGCUUUUAUCCUAGCACUAUCCAGAAAAAUGCAAAAAUCCUUCUUAAGGUAGUGUGGAAAACGUGAUGUUUCAGGAGCAGUGACAGGAUAUAGCUGGCUCUUGCAGAAACUUUCUGGAGUGAAGCUUUAACUUGUAUAUGAUGUUAAUAUGGGAUGGCAUUGUUUUUCUUGGAACAUUACUAUGACCAGACAUGUGUAAUUCAUUAUGAAAUACACAAGCUUCUCUUACAUAGCUAUGGUGGGAUGUUGCCUCUUAUUCCCAUAUCAAGGCACACUGAGGCUUAUGGUAGGUCUUCUCUGACACAUUAAAAAAGAAUGUAUUUGUGAUGGUUUCCACCCCCUUCUCAGAAGCUCUUGUAGGCUGGCCAAGCUGGCUCCUGCAGAAUUCAGAGGGGAGCCCCCAAAUGGUGUAUCAAACCAUUUUUCCACAGUUACAUGAGGCACUGGAGGAGGGGAAGUGUGUUGAGAAGACUUUCAGAUGUUAACCACCAGUGAUGUACAUAAUGAAAUGUGACAAACCUAUUGGUUAUUUGUUUUAUAGUACUUGAGUACAUUAGUGGGGAAAUGUGGUAACUGGUGUGUAAAUGUCUUUGUUUCAACAGUACUGGUUGUUCUUGCCCGAAGACGAACAUGAAGUAUGAGAGAGAAUUAAAUGCCUGACUUUCUCAUCUUUUCUCCUCUUCCCUCCCUCAGCCAACUUAACUAGCUAGUACAUAGAAAGUAGAUUCUUGUGGUGGUGUUUUUUUUAGUCCCGCGGAAAUCAAGGGACUAGAUUAAAUCCAAAUGUUAAUUUUAAUCUGUUAAUAGGAGUUGGCCAGUACUGGUUAAAGGCACUUGACCAUGGGCUGCAUAGCACUGGUCCUAAGGCACUUCAAACAUGGGCACAUGGGAGACUUAAGGAUGUGCUCAGUAAAAAAACAGGUCUGUAAUUCACUAGCAGAGUGGUGCUGGGAGGGGCUGGGUUAUUGGUUAUGUGAUGGAGUAUGAACUCGUGGUAUCUGUUUUUUGAAAGGAACAAAGAUGUUUUUAGUGUACAGAAUAUGAAUAUGAGCUGAUUUUUUUUACUAAUCAAUACUAAACGGUAAGAUGUUAGCUUAUGUACUGUACUCCCCAGUGUGAUUUCCGAAAGAUGUCAACUUUGUAGCAUGACUGUAUAAAGUUCCAGACUCAUUUUUGCUUUCUUUUGUUCUUUUCAAAUAAGCAAUAGCACUGACUCUACUUGUGUUAAUCUUUUUCUUUCUCCCACCCCACUCUUAGAGUGUUACAUAUAUAUAUAUUCUUACCCAGUGUUAUUGGGGAAAGUUGUUACUGAACUAGACUUAAUCUUACCUUAUGUGGCGGACAAUAGUUAACUUGUUGCAAUAUUCCCAGUUGAUUUUUAUGGAGAAAUUAUAAUGAGAUGGACUUAUCUUGAUCUUUGAACACCUGCUUUCUGGAAUUAUAUUAAACACUGUAAAAAUGUAAGACAGUUUUUUAAAAGGUUUGAAGUAGAAUGCUGGAAUUUUAAAGAUACUGAUCUUCCUUUCUCUGUAUACUUUUGUUUGUUCCAUUCCUAGUUUUUGUGUGUAUUCUGCCUUUCUUACGUUUUAAUAAAAUGGAACAUUUCU